ACGAGGUACUUUCAAUUUCAGGUAUACUGACAGCUUUCACUGUGCCACUUCUUGAGCCAUCUUCUAUAUGGUUUCUUGUGUAGUAGCGCAAGCUCACCUGCUUGCCUGGACGCUGGUUGUCGUCAUGGUAGAGGCAGAGGUACAGGAGAACUACUCGCCUGAGUGCCGUGAGUUCAUGUACAUGGGCACUCCACCACUGGGACUCGAGGACAAAGCACUGAAGAAGAUCUGCCAGCGUUACAACGGCAAGCCACGUUUUGUCACUCUGUACGACACCUUUGAUCACAUACCUGUCUAUUCAGCCUACACCUUCAAGCGCUCUGACGGUGCCAAAAUGGUCGAUGUGCCCUGGAUGUACGAGCCUCAGCUCUCUGCAGUGUCUGCCUUAAAGGAGAUGCAACCGUUUCCUGAAGGCUACAUCCACCGCAGUUUUGAAGAUGCCCAAGCUGUGCUGGAGGACUACUCAAACACAGUGAUCUUUGAGCGCGGCCAUCUGAACCCUGAAGAGCACCAGGCUGAGCUCAGCGACAAGGCUGCCACCUACACCCUAACCAACGUAGUCCCUCAGGUACGAGAGUUCAACAUCGGCCCGUGGAAGACCCAUGAGCACACCAUUCGGCGCCGACUCAACAACUACUGCCGUGGCACCGCCUACGUGGUAACUGGCGUCACCACCUCGGGGAACAUGAUCCGCCGCCAUAACAUUGACCGCGUGGCCAUUCCUGCCUACCUGUGGUCAGCCUACUGCUGCAUCGACUAUGACCACAAUGCACCCUUUCAGGAGCGGACAAAGUUCCCAGCUUAUGCGGCACAUGGUCUCAAUGAGAGAGAGAAGUCAGAAGUGCUGGAGAUGUCUGUUCAACAGCUGGAGAACUUCCUCAAGAGUGUCACCUACGUGGAUAAGACCUUCCAGAUAUUCUAUGAUAACUGCGUGCCACCUGAUAAUAGCCUGCAAAAGCCUUAACAUUUUAUAGGGUGUUAAGAUAAUUUUUCUGGACCUAUUAUGUAAUUAAAGAAAGUGUGUCGUCUAAAUGCUUGUGUUCUGUUUCGUCCUUUUAAAAUAAUUUUUCUCCCAGCACACUUUUCACAUGAGCCUAUGUUAUCUCUGGCUUCACAAAGUAAAUUGAUUACAAAACCUGCAAGGAGCAUAAUAUUUUACGUGAAUAAAAUACAUCCAAAUAAUGAUAAUU